AUGGGGGAGAAGAGCGUCACACAGCACUCCCUGAGCAAAGCCUCAGCUCCCGCCGACGGAUCCGCACCGCACACCGCCAUUCAAAGCGUCGCAGUACCAUCCGAAAUCCCCUGGGACGCGCGCGCCUUCCCCAAGCCCAAGAUGCCCAGCUCGCUCCCUGGUCCUCCGCUGCCCUCUCCCUCGAUCACGGCGAAGAUCGCGAUAGAAGAGGAGCCUGCGAGGCCAUGGAAUACGCAGAAGCUGGGGUCGAGGGUGGGUGUAGAUGCGCUCUCUGCUGGUGCGGCCGGUGUGUUGGUUGCGCCCAUCAUCACGAUGAUAGAUAAGGGCAUUAUCGAGAAUGCUAGUGGGAGGAAUACUUUGGGGGAGAGCUUGAAGAACAGUGCAUGGGAGUUAUUGUUGAAGCCGCAUCGGUUUUUGGGAAGCAAGCCUUUUGUGCUGAUCUUUAGUUUAUAUUUCGGUACCUAUUUCACCGCAAACACAAUCGACACCGCAACCUCGACCCUCAAAUCCCGCCCCGUGUCCGAAACCACCGCCGGCACCCCCAAAUUUGUCGCCACAAGCACCGCAAACCUCGCCCUCUGCCUCUACAAAGACAACCGCUUCACACAGCUCUUCGGCUCCACGGGCCCUUCCCGCGCAGUCCCACUCCCCACAUUCGCCCUCUUCACCGUCCGCGACUGCCUCACCAUUUUCGCCUCAUUUAAUCUCCCGCCAUUGCUUGCGCCGAAGGUGUCAGAGCAUAUGGGAGCGGAAGUGCAGAAGUAUGUUGGGGCGGCGAGUGUCGCGCAAUUCGUGACGCCGGCGGCGGUGCAGGUCUUCAGCACGCCGCUGCAUUUGCUGGGACUGGAUCUUUACAACAGACCUGGCGUGAGUGUGGGCGGCGUAGACGGGAGAGCGUCAAGAGUACUACGGGACUGGGCAAAGGCCUCGUUGGCGCGGAUGGGACGAAUCAUUCCUGCGUUUGGGGUGGGUGGCGUGGUUAACACAAAGGUACGGAGAGGGUUCAUGGAGAAGCUGGAGUAG